UGGUCGCUUCUUCAUCUCUCCGCGUCGCGGUAUAAACCCCGCCCAUUAUCGGAUAGUCGGUUGUGAUUGGACCUGUGCGUUUUCUGCCAGAGGGAAAACAAAUCACUUCCCAAUGGAGGUGAAGGAGAAAAAUAUGGACUUCUUGAUUAAUCAUUUUAUUUUAUUGAGUAAGCAUUGUAUUCAUAAAUUGCAACAUUUAUGAACAAAAUCAUAAAUUUAUUCAUAUUGAUUUAGUCUCUUCGAUGUAUGACAGACAAAAAACGCCCUGAAACGCUCUGCCUUAAGAGACUUGUUUUCGUUAACUGAAGAAGACUCUCACAUCUUAUGUUUUAUGUUUUAUUGUUUUAUUGUUUGUUUGUUAUAGUCUGAACAUUUUCCUGAAAAUUUCAAGCUACAGUUCCAGACUGCGUUGUGGGGCCACAACACAAUAAGAGACAAUUGGUUGUACAUUAGAAUCGCAUUUCCUUUUUCUCUGACAGUGGCAGAUACUAAAAUAUACAACAAUAAACAUUUCAGUUGAUAAUGUACCUUCACUUUGCCUUCCUUACUCAAAACUGGGGUUUUAAAAAGUACUUAUUUUGCUUUAGUUAUAGCUUAGGUGAUAAAAAAGAAUUUCUAUCUAACUUUAUCUGUUUCAUCUAAUGGACUGGUUAUUUCCGGUGGCAAGUUUCAGCAGGAAGUAAUCUGGGUGCUAUGCUCAUACAGCCUUCAUUUACUACUCAUGUGGAUUGUGUAAAAGAUAAGCAUCUGAAUUUAAGAUACUAAGUGCGAUAUGUGAUCAGCUGUAUCAAACUUUAGGCUGCUGUCAAUGUGAAAUAGGAACAACAGCAAAGCCUUUCCGUAGGCGAAGUGACAACGUGAACUGUGCUGGUCUUGUGGGUUUGUCCCAUGAUGCUUAGAGGGGUUUAACGUUCAGCACUAUCACACUGUGGUUCACACUUUACGAGAUGCUCACAAUGAACGCCGACAAGUGGAUUUUCCCUUUGGCCGUGUGCUUCAUGUGUGCGUCUUCAAAUGGUGAGCAGCUUGAUGAGGAAUCUUGCGGGCGGUAUCCCUACUCCUGUGAGAUUCACACAGUCAACGCUUCACUCGGCUCGUCUGUGCUUUUUCCCUGCAACUUCACAACCAACUACCUCGGAUGGGUGUCAUGGAACAAGACUCCUGGGAUCGAGCUGGUCCAACUCAAAUCGGACGGGCGCGUUAGGUUCCUGCUCCCCAAAGGGGGGCGGGUGAAAACGUUCCCAAACCAGGGCUCAAGGGGGAACUACUCCAUCAGGAUCGAUGAGCUUGAGGACUCCGACCUGGGGAGGUAUUUUUGUGUGCAGGGACACAUCUGUCAUCAGGUGGAGCUGGGUGCCGCAGCAGAUACGAUGAGAGAAGGGAUCUGGCUGCUGAUUUACGUCUGCGCCGGCGUGGCAGCUGUCGUGCUGCUGAGCGUCUGCAGCUACUGGUUCUACAAAGAAAAAACACAGGAAAAUACCAACCCUAUUAUUUGGUUGGUAAAUGUUGAGGGAGCAGGCAACAAUAAUCUUGUUUACGAGAACGAUGACCAAGACCCGGCCCAGCAGGUCGACCCCUCCAGAGACCACAGCAGUCCUCCGGGAGCUCCGCCGUUUGUGGCCGUGACCACUCCACCAGCUCAGAGCGACGUGAACCAGCAAAACUUUGAACGGACAGACGGAAGAAGAAAGAAACUGAGUUUCCACAGAGAACUGUUACACAGAUUACGACCAGCAAGUCACAGUCGACAAUAUUAUGUGAACCAAGGUGAAAUCAACAGGCAACAACAUGCCAUGUCUGCUCAGGCGGUGAAUGAUCAUACAGAUCAUGAAUACAGGAACCCGAUUUACAACAAAAGCACAGUGCACCUCAACCAUCUGUAGAGAGACCAAGAGUUCCACCAGAAUCCAGAUCCUUUCACAACAACAAAACAACAGCAAAAAAAAAAAAAGCUCAGCAAAUUAGUUUGUGCACGCACUGAAUGAGACAAAUGUAUGAAUAUACAGUAGAUUGCAUUUAUAAUAUUAAAAGUUCAACUUGCAGAUCAAA